AUGGAUAGCACAGAACCCGAUGCCCGGCCUUCGAACCAUGAGUCUUGGAUCCGAAAUUCCAGCGGCGCGACUAGCCCCGAACCUGACGAGCGUUCAUCCAAAAGACUGAAAAGGGGCAAUUAUGUUUCUAAAGCCUGGUAUCAUGCAUCAAAGACGCAAAAUCCUCCGCGAGGUCAAAAAGAAGGAUUCUCUGGUGAAACAUCAAUCAAUCAUGCACUUGGAGAGAUUGAAGGUUAUUUGAGACAUGUCCGAGAGCUUCAUUCUCAACCGGAGCCGUCCGCAUCAAGAGAAACAUCUGUAUUCCUUCCAUCAUCUCCCCGGGGAAAUUCACGGCAUCCAGGUCCCUCGGAAAUCCUCAGGAAUCACGGCAUCACACCGGACUUUCGGCAAUGGUCAAUAUUCGUUCAAAACUUUAGUGACGAGGUGCAUGUUUUGUUUCCCUUUCUUCAUCUGCCAACAUUAUGGACUAAUCAUACCACAAUGUGGAAUGACUAUAUCCUCACACCAUCCAUUGACGACUCUGAGUAUACUGCAGAUAAUCGACUUAUGAUGGCCCAAGUAUGGAUCUGCGUGGCUAUUGGAAAAUGCACUGCGUCUCCACGGAGUAACACCCAACAGGGCAAACAUUCUUCUGGCUGGAGUCUCUACAGGGCUUCUUUGGACCUCAUUGGCGACCUUUUCCGAAGCUUUCAAGACUGUUUAGACCAAAUGCUUGUUGUAUAUCUUUUUCGGGUGGAUGCAAAUGAAAGAGCUGAGAAGGUUCUAGCUAUUGCCAUCUCCCAUGCUCAUCAUUUGGGUCUUCAUCGAUCCAAAGUGGUUAACGCCAUGUCAGCCUUCAACAGUGAACUUUUUAGGAGGGUUUGGUGGUGUCUUUAUGUCUUGGACCGGAGAAUAGCAAUAGAGACUGGUCACCCUGUCCUCAUUCAGGAUAAUAAUGUCGACUCCCCUUAUCCUCAAUGCCUUGGCGAUGGCUGGCUCGCUGCUCACCAAGAUGAUCCAAAAAGCUGUUCGGAUCUGAAUUCUGAUAUCGACGCCGAGGUCAAUCGAGAGAUUGUUACACCCAUUCCCUAUCUUAUCGCUACCAUAAAAUACUCCAUGGUCGUGGGCAAGGUCUGGGAAGCUGUAUAUGGUGCCCGCGAUAGUGAUCUUAUUCCAGAUCCAACCUUGCUUGACCAUCUGGAAAAUACAAUAUCACAAGCCCAAGGAGAAGUUCGAAUUGAAUUUUCCCUUCUGAAUCAAGAGCGUCAGUCAAAUCCUCAAACUAGUGUUCUAGCAUGGUGGCAAAUCAAACAGCAAAUGAUUAUGCGAAUUCGAUGGCUAUGUCUUCGUCUCUUGAUUAGAAAACCAUUGUUACGUGAAACGAGCUCCUCAAGCCAUCUACAAAAUGAUACGACAUGCAUAAGCAUUGCCCGCGAUAUACUUCAGAGGUUCAGCGAGGUGCCAGAAGCCAAAGCCAAAUCUGCUUUCCCGUUCCUUCACUACCUAGUCGGAGCAACAAUGGUUUCUCUGGGUCUGGUUUGCAAGCAGCCUGACUCUAAGCAAACCCUAGGUGCCCUUACUUUACAGGCGGCACACUCUUUAGAGAGAUAUUGUCAGAAUACGUGGGUAUCUGGGAGGAUGGUCCGAACGAUAUGGAAAUUGAAUCAAAUGGUCAAGACCGUUAUUGAGAGUCCUAUUCCCUCGCGGUCACAUUUGCCACCUGCCCAAAUGCCGCUUUCAAUGACGCCACGUUUGAGAGGGCGGCCUUAUCGUCAUUCGCUUCUAAGUAAUUUUCCCCGAAACAGCUCCGACCAAACACUACAUUCGACAAUCGGUACAUCUGCAAGGUUUCCCGGAAUAGCAAACCUGGCGAAUGCUUUUGGUCCGAAUGCUCGUUCGCAUCAUACUCAGUUUCUACAGCACCCGUCCACUGCAGGCAUUCCAAAUUUGUUAAUGACUGAUUUUGAUUUUGAAGAAAGAGUGAAUAAUUUUCCAGCAACUCAGAGGUAA